AUGGACUAUACCGGUGAAAGUCGUGAAGCGCAGCACUUGUGUGUUCUAGUUCACGGCUUAUGGGGCAACCCAAAUCAUUUGCAGGUGAUGGCAGCAUCCCUUCGCGAGAAGCACCCCAAAGAAAGCCUACAUAUCCUCGUCGCCAAACGCAACAGCGGAAAUUUUACCUACGAUGGAAUUGAGCGUGGUGGCGAGCGCGUCUGCCAGGAGAUCGAGGAGGAGAUCGAGAAGUUGGCAGAGGCUGGACAAGAAAUCACCAGAAUCUCCCUUGUUGGGUAUUCCCUAGGAGGGCUGGUCGCCCGGUACGCUGUUGGCUUACUUGAUAGCAAAGGAUUUUUCAAGAGCAUCAAGCCGGUAAACUUCACCACCUUUGCUACCCCUCAUUUGGGUGUUCGAAGCCCUCUCAGAGGCUGGCACAACCAUGUUUGGAACGUGCUCGGGGCACGAACACUCUCAGCCUCUGGUCGGCAACUGUUCACUAUAGACAAGUUCAGAGAGACGGGCAUGCCAUUGUUGGAGGUUCUUGCAGACCCCAAGUCCAUCUUCAUCAAAGGAUUGGCAAAGUUCGAGCGCCGAACUCUCUACACAAACAUCGUCAACGAUCGAAGCGCGGUUUACUAUACCACAGGAAUCUCGAAAACAGAUCCGUUCACCAAUAUAGACAAGGUCAAGGUCAACUACUUGAAGGGGUAUGAAGAUGUUAUCCUUGAUCCAGACGCGCCCGUUGCCCCCCUUGACCCCCAAGAGAACGAUUCAAGUUUCUAUGGCACCUUGAUCCGAGGCAGCCAAACCACAAUCGGUCGCUUGCCGCUGCUGAUUACCAUGAUCUUCCUCAUUCCUAUCGGGGCUGUUAUCUUUUUAACCAAUUCUGGCUUUCAGUCUUUCCGGAGCAGCCGAAGAAUCCAGCUGCAUGAGCGUGGUCUUGCUGGCAACUACAGAGUCCCACUUCUCACGGGGAUGAGAGAGGCAGUCGAGGAUGUCUAUGAGAAUCUGAACAGUGCCCAGAGCAACGAGUAUCUGGUGGCAGGAACCGAAGAAGAGGCGGCCCUGUCAGAGCCGGGCUCGCAUGUUCUGGAGAGAGCCCCAGCAAUCCUUGGAAAUCACAAAUCUGAUGCUGUCGGCGGCGGCAAAGAAAAAGCCAGUCUUCAGCACGACAUUCCGAUCCUGGCUCUUGCACCGUAUCAAUUCCGCAUGAUUCAAGCUCUGGACUCACUAGGCUGGCGCAAGUACCCUGUCUACAUCCACAAAUGCACUCAUUCGCACGCGGCAAUUAUCGUUCGAGUUCCUGAAAAACCCAGUCUUCAAGAAGGUCACGUAGUAUUUCGCCACUGGCUCGACGAGGAAUUCAUCUUGUAG